GCGCGCACGAGCCAAUACGUUUUAAAUUGAAUCAUUCGAGAGCGAUUCGCGCUGUUUCUCACUAGUGACAAACGGGUGGCAAUGUCGUCGGAUCAGCAAAGCUAGGAGCAAAACGUUCUUUGUCAGCAGCCACCAUAACCUACGCGCUACAAAGAGAGAGCAGCAGAAGAAGCUGCCAUUGUAAUCCGAUUCGGAGAAAAUUGUGUCGUUUCCGGUGUCGUUAGUUACAGGGUCUUGAAUGCAGUGUGAGCGUCUACGGCCGUCGGAAUACGAUAAGCGACGAUAGCGAGGUUCGUUUAUUUGAUCGAACACGGAGCUGCUUUACUGGUGACCACGCCGACAAGCUGUUGCCGUUUGGUUCGUCGUCACUUCCAUAUCGCACGCCAACGUUGGUGAGGCGUCCCAUUCCACAGUAGGGCGGUCACGCUGGACAUGUUCAAUCGGUUGAAGAACCGAGUGCUCACCGUCGUUGCUCCAGAUAUGCCCCGAAUUGAGCAUGAAUACCACCAGAUGCACGGCCGCGACCAGGGCAGUCGUGAACUGCCAGAAAAGUUUGAGUACUCACGGCCCUCGUUUCUACAGCUGUUGACGCCCGACGAGCUGAAGGCGAGCGCCGACCACAGUGUUCGCCCGAUCAUAGUACCGCGGGAUCACAAGCGUUUGCCGUAUAAUACCGGAUACGCCGAAUGUGUAAACGCGGGAAAAUCGGUUUGGAACGAGGAUCAGGCCGUCUUUAGGCAGAUGUUCCUGUCUCACCCGAACGAAAACUUCCCAUGUCUGCAGUAUACGUACUUCGGCAUUUUCGACGGGCACGCUGGGUACGCGGCGUCGCUCAUAGCCGCCAACCAAUUCCACCACGUCUUGCACCAGCGGCUGGUGAACAUCGUCGAAAUGCUGUUGCCCCGACUGGGGACUGAUAAUUUCGACGCGUCACUGCAUUUGCCACUAUCGCACCCGCAACAGGUGCUCAACAAGUGUGUCACUAGGCACGAGCUGAUCGUGGGAGCGCUCGAGACCGCCUUCCAGGACAUGGACAAAAUACUCGAAGAGGACCGAACCAGUUACCGCAUUGGUAGCGGCUGCACCAGCCUCGUGGCACUCUUCAUCCUGGGCAAGCUGUACGUGGCGAACGCGGGCGAUUCACGGGCUGUCCUCUGCAAGCGUAAGCUGCAAGAUACAGCAGACGCACAGCAGCCAGAGCGCGUGGUGGUGGUGCAGCCGUGCUCGUACGAUCACACGCCCGAAUCCGAGAGACGCCGCCUGUUGACAUUCGGGAUGCAGAAUCAGCAUCUGCUUGAUGACGGCUUUGUCGCUUGCGAGUUUGCUAGGACGGUGGCUGGCGGUGAUCUCGGCAAACCUAUCGUGUACCGAGAUGGGAAGAUGCGCGGCUGGGGAACCCGGAUGGUUGAGAAUACAGAUCUCAAGAGACCGCUGAUCUCAGGAACAGGCAAGCGUGCCCGGCUGAUGGGCACGAUCGGUGUGUCGCGCGGCUUUGGUGACCACGACCUGAAAGCACUAAUCACCAACGUAGCAAUCAAACCAUUCCUUAGCUCGCACCCCGACGUGGAGUGCUUUGAUCUCGACGAGGUGCAAAGAGACCUGAACGGCGACGAUGCCGACGGCGACUACGGCAUCUUGGUGAUGGCGACGGACGGCCUCUGGGAUGUGAGUCAGCCGUCGCACGUGGGCAACACCGUGUUCGAAAUGCUGGAUAAGUUCCCAAAACAGCCUCAUCGAUAUACGAUGGCGGCACAAGGGCUGGUGGCGCAAGCGCGGGGCCGCGUUAACCAAUUCGGCCACUGGCGACUGUCCGAUAUGCGGUCAGCAGCGACCACAGACGACAUCUCCGUGUUCGUUCUGCCGGUUUACCAGUACUACCGUGAGUACUGCGACUGGAAGGAGUCGAUAAAAACUGCAAAUACUGCGAACACGGCGACUACUGCAAACACUGCAAAUACUGCGAACACGGCGACUACUGCAAACACGGCAAAUACUGCGAACACGGCGACUACUGCAAACACUGCAAAUACUGCGAACACUGCGACUACUGCAAACACUGCGACUACUGCGAACACUGCAAAUACUGCGAACACAGCGACUACUGCGAACACUGCAAAUACAGCGAACACUGCGACUACUGGGAACACUGCGGCCGAAAACCCUGCGACCAAAACCACUGCGACUAAAACCACUGCGACCAAAACCACUGCAACUAGAAGCACUGCGACUGGAAUCCCUGCGAUUGAACACCCUGAGAAUUUGACGCCAGUCUUUCGUCCGCUUUUCGAUCCGCCGGAGGCUCACUCCACUAAGCACAUCCCGUUUGACGCGCCCUUGAACCUAGUAGAGCCGAAGAAACCGAUGAUUCUUGUCCACAUAGAACCAGCUGCCACAGCCUUGGACUUCACACUUCGGCCGAAUAAACCAAACGUCGUCCACAUUCCCGAGGGUGACAGGGCCGUUGCUAUCUCCACGCCAUCAAUAGAGAAUGCAGUUACCGAAAUCAUCGACGCCCUGUCAGCAGUAAAGGAUGAAGUUAUCGAAAUCGUCGACGCUCCGUCAUCAAUAGAGGAUGAAGUUAUCGAAAUCACCGACGGCCCGUCAUCAAUAAACGAUGAAGAUAUCGAAAUCACCGACGGCCCGUCAUCAAUAAAGGAUCAAGAGAUUGAAAUCAACGUCGACCCGUUAUCAAUAAAGGAUGAAGAUAUCGAAAUCACCGAAGACCCGUUAUCAAUAAACGAUGGUUAUGUUGAAAUCUUCGUCGACCCGCUAACACUAAAGGAUGAAGAUAUCGAAAUCACCGCUGAAGAUAUCGAAAUGGACGACGGCCCGUAUUCAGUAAAGGAUGAAGAUACAGAAAUCAGCGAGACCAAGCCGUACGCGAACGAUGAAGUUUUCGAAAUCACCGACGAUGAUGAAAGUGAUGAAGACGGAGGAAACGAAGUGAUGGAGACGGAGGAGACCAAGGAAGCAGCCUUCUCAACAAUAUCAAAUUAAAUAACGUACAGCAACCGGCCAGUGACGCUAGUGGCAACGAUCGCGGCAAUAAGUAAUCGUAGCGUAUUUUGUGGACUUACAGUUCCACCACAUUCCGACGAAGCAUCCACUACACUGUGCCUCCUGGUUCCAUAACGCCUCUUUAGAGCUCCAACCCGAACCGGGUUGGAGCUCCUUUUCUCUAACGGUCCUUGGCGUGUGUGACCAGAGCUACUUAAGCAUAUUACACUUCCUCCUCGAAACUCCUCAGCAAUGGCGUUGUAAUCUGCUUUAAAGUUGCUUAGCAAUCUUUUUCCGCAUGCAACGGGCUCAUUCCGCAUGAAGCGGACACAUUCUCACACGACGCGCACACAGUUAUCGAAAUCAGCUCGUGUGCUGAAUCGGAAGCGAUAAUGACGGAGGUGUCCAAGGAAGCAGAAACUAAUAGGGCUAAUAUUAACUUGAAUAACGAAGCGUAAACGGUGGACGGUGCUAGCGAGAAACCGUUCGCGACGGUAAGUAAGCGUAUCGUAGUUUGUGGGCUUUUCCGUUUGUGGGCACCGUUUUCCGACGAAACCUCCACUACACUGUGGCACUGGUUUCCAUUACACCCCUUUAGGGCUCCAGCCCGAUCCGGGUUCUGCUCCUCUUGUCUCGAACGGUCCUUGACAUGUGUGGCAAGAGCUAUUUAAGUGUAUCACACGUCCUCUCUGAAACUCCUCAUCAACCAAGUGAAGAGAAAAUACGCUGACGAGACAGUGUAUCGCCGGUGUCACUUACUAGACGUCCGAUGCCGGCUGUGACCAUUUCCUAGAUUAACUGAUCGGGUCGGGCGCGCGAGUUGAAAAGAAGUGAACGGAAAUUAAUCAAACAAUGAAAUGAAUUAAAAUAUGAACAAACA